AGGAACGCCGUUAUGGCGUUCUUGUCGCUGCCUUCACAAAUGAAGUCGUGACUCUGCUUAAUGAAGUUCAUUUUGUGUUAAAAACCAGCCAUAUUCUUCUGGAAUAAACUCUCAUACAGGUUUUAGGAAGAGAAAGCACAUUUUAAUAACAGCAGGACUUCGACGUCUUCUUUGUUUGACGCUGUGAGAUAGAAGGAAACAGCGGCACUUCCUAAGCAGCCUGACUCUCUUAUUGUGCGUCACGGCGCUGAAGAGCAGCUCCGCGGUGACUCCAGUGUUUUGUGCGGGUUUGAAGCAUGUCUUUUCGGAGGGCGCUCAGUCUGGCGUGCGGGUUCGCAGGCGGAUCCGCGGUUCUCGUGUGUGCGGCGGUGGUGGCGGAUAAAAACGGGUACUUCGGAGAGGGACGCCGAAUCAGAGAAACUCUGGCAGCCGUAAACGCAGCGCAUCCUCCGGCAUGGCCCACUGCGAACGGAUGGGAUUAUAAUUGGGACAAACGUGAACCUUCUUCUAUGGUGAAUGGAAAGAGAAAGGAAAGCGCUGGUGAAAAUGGAAGUCAAGAUGCAGAGAACAACAAACCCAGAGCCACACGCCACAUCUUUCUCAUUCGGCACUCUCAGUACAACCUCAAGGGUGAUGGAGAUAAAGAGAGAUUCCUGACGCCUUUAGGUCGUGAACAGGCUGAAUUUACAGGACAGAGAUUAGCAUCGUUUGGACUGAAGUACGACACGCUCAUUCACUCCUCCAUGACCAGAGCGACAGAGACGGCCAACAUCAUCAGCAAAUACCUGCCAGGUGUGGAGCUCGUGAGCUGUGAUUUACUUCGAGAGGGGGCACCGAUUGAACCUGUCCCACCAGUCACUCACUGGAAACCCGAGGCAGUGCAGUACCACGAGGACGGCGCACGGAUCGAGGCCGCGUUUCGCCGCUACAUCCACCGAGCUGACGCCAAGCAGAAGGAGGACAGCUACGAGAUUAUCGUGUGUCAUGCUAAUGUCAUCCGCUAUUUUGUGUGCAGGGCUCUGCAGUUUCCUCCAGAAGGCUGGCUGAGGUUGGGUCUGAACAACGGCAGCAUCACCUGGCUGACGGUCCGUCCCAGCGGUCGAGUGUCUCUAAGAGCACUUGGAGACUCCGGUUUCAUGCCUCCAGAUAAACUCACCAGAACCUGACCUUCUCCAGCAGGACAAGCACGGCCUCUUCACAACUGAAAGAUUACAGAUAUGUUGGACGGAUGAUAGAGUUGCAAAGUGUCAAAACAUGUCCAUAAAUGCUCAACUAAUUAUUUUCUGAAAUGCAAACAUGCCAUUUUAGAUUCACCAAAUAUGGAAUGUGAUUAAACUAGUUCAGUGUUUCUCAACCACGUUCCUGGAGGAGCACCAACACUGCAUGUUUUGGAUGUCUCCUCUGUCUGUUGUAUAGGUCUUUCAGUCUCUGCUGAUGAUCUGAACCAGGUGUGUUUGGUUAAGGAGACAGGGAAAUGUGCAGAGCUGGUGGUCCUCCAGGAACGUGGUUGAGAAACACUGAACUAGUUGGUUAAAGAAAUUGUUUACCCAAAGAUUAAAACAUACUCUCCUUCAGAUGGAUGCUUGUUGAACACAAAAGGUGAUAAUUUGAAGAAUGUUGCUAACCAGUAGCCAUUGACAUCCAUAGAGAGAAAAAUACGUUGUGUUCAGGUUAAAGAAACUCAAACCAGUUUGGAACAAAUUAAUAAAUCAUAACAGAACUAUUGUUAAAUCAUACAAAGCUGCAAUUAAAGAGGUAGUUCACUCAAAAAUGCCAUCAUUUAUUCAUUUGUAUAAACCUUUAUUUUUUUCUGUUGAACACACAGGAUAAUCUACUGAUAAAUGUUGGAAAAAACAGCCAUUGACUUCUGUGUUGCUUUUUUCCAACAUUUUUCAAAUUAUCUGGUUUUGUGCUCAAAAGAAGAAAAGAAAUAAAAGUUUAUAACCACUUUUGAGUGUGAGGAAAGUUUUAGUUUUGGGUAAACUAUCACUUUAAGGACAACACUUUCUUUGCACCUUUAUCAUCUGGUAGAGUGGUGAUCCGUUCUCCAUAAGUGUCUUGAGUGAAAUUUGUACUUUUUUUUAAGGAUUAUUAUUAUUAUUAGUUGAAUGAGACACUUCUGUGCCAUGCUUUGAUCUAGAACCAUGACACAACAGUGGAAAUAACCAGCAAGUGUACUUUUUGUUUAUAAGGUGUCUUUUUUUCAGGACGCAAUCUCUGGAGGCCUUGUCGAGAUGGUUGGUGUGUGUUUGCACUGUUUACAGGGAGUUGUGCGUUUAUGAUUGUUUUUAGAGGCGAGAUGUGUGUUUUAUUAAAAAGAAUAAUUAUAAAUGUGAGUAUCUUGCCAUUUGGAGGUUGAGGAAGAUAGUAUUAAUGUUUGUAUGUUGUUUUGUUGUGCAUAAGAAAACUGGCAGUAAAACGGUUUUAUUUGA